UCUAAGAUGUACCAACGAUCCUUUAUAGUGUCCAAGUAUUGACAUAAUAAUGCGAAUAGCGUAAUAAAAGUAGCAAAAGCUGCCAAUCUUGGAAGCCUAGAGGGAGGAGGGGGAGGAAUGGUGCUACCACUGGCCAGGUGUUUUGGUGGCAUGAUUUGGUGUCUGUGCUGAGAACAAAAUUUCGGGCCGGAAGCAAACCCGACCUCUAAGCGCCGACCAAUAACAAACGAGGCCCAACAUGGCAAAGGGGUCGAGAACGCUCAAUCCAGUCGAUGCACAUAGGAAAGCCGAGAGAAAGAAGGAACUCAAGAAAAACAAGGAACAACGAGUGAAGAAUAGGGAAAUAAGCGUUGUGAAGAAGGAUACAACAGGCCUCGAAUCGGAAAUUCGUCAUUUAGAGGAUUCGGCACGGAAAGGAGAGCUCGAUAAGAAUGGACAGGAAAAGCUCGAAUCGCUGCGGAAAGAAGUGGAUUCCAUUCGAAAGACCAAAACAGAAUACGUUGCUGCCCACCCAGAACAUGAAAAGCUAGUUUUUCCUGGGAGGAAAUCUGCACCGUCAGGGCCAUCCAAGGUCUCAAGUAGGCCACACAUCAACGACUACAAUAAGCAUCUGUUUGGAUCGGACGGCCUCCCACUGAAUCCCGAAAAAUCCAUUUAUUAUGACAAACUACUAAACCCAACCGGUAUGCCCCCACCAGGGGCAGUGUACAUGGAGCACCCCCCCCUGCAGCACGAGGUGUCCGCCGCCCCGAAUGAGGACCAGGAGACCGACAGUGACAGUGAAGGUGAUGUUCCUCUUCCCGCCGGUCCGCCACCCAUCCAUGACAGCGACGAUGACAGCAACGAAGACAUUCCAAUGCCUGAAGGGCCACCCCCAAGCUCUAUCCCUCCCCCAACUCCAGCUCUGCCGGACUCUUCGUUAGUGCCGCUGCCAUUCAUUCUUCGGCCUCUGCCUGCCGAACCCCCUGUGUUAUCUCAUAUCCCGCCGCCACCUCCGGGUUUUCCGCCUCUAGGUAUCCCUCCACCACCUCCUGGUUUCCCGCUGCAUAGCAUUCCUCCACCACCCCCUGGCUUUCCACCCAUGUUGGGUUUCCGCAUCCUCCCAUCACCCUGGCGUCACCAGGGCCAGCACCACCCUAUCCCACUGGUCAAGCCGUAUCUCCACUUGCUUCUACGCGACCUCACUCUAACUCCGCCCCAUUGGUCACACAUUCGCCUCGACUGGCGUCCUGCUGUGAUGUCCGAGAAUGCUACGGUCUCCGCCGAGCCCGAACUACGUGAUUUAAAGCGGGAAAGUACAGCCUUCGUCCCAACUGCCGUAAAGCGGAGGAAAGUAGAACCUACACCCCAACGAAUGAAUGCUGCUCCCAGUGAAAGUGAAAGCAAUAUUGAGCAGGUACAGGUUUUCACCCCCAAUGGUUAG